UUGUUGGUGUUGGGUCUUCUGAAGGUUAUUAGUGUACAAAGUUGUAUUGAUAAUCUUUAUUUAGUUUAAUAAUUAUUUACACAUAAAAAAAUCAAAAAAAUUUUCAAUGUCACAAAAAAGCAGAGUCCUACAUCUUUACAAGACCCUACUAUUUAUGGGCAGAGACUAUCCAAAAGGCUAUGAAUAUUUCAGAAGUAGACUUAAAAAGGUUUUUGAGAAAAACAGUGGUGAAACUAAUCCAGAAAUAAUUGAAAAAAUGAUUGCACAUGGAAAUUUUGUGAUAAAAGAGUUAGAAACCUUGUAUAUGUUAAAAAAAUAUAGAACUUUAAAAAAAAGAUACUGCGAUACUUAG